CUCGGCCCCCCCGGCCUGCCUCUGCCUGCCACUCCUUCCAGAGCCGCCGGGGCCCCAGCCAGCUGCUAGGCCGUCUGUGCUGGCGCAGCCGAGGCCAGAGAAAUGGGAAUCCCUGCGCGGUGUACCCGGAGCGGCUGCCUUCGCGGGGGAAGCGGCGGUGUCUUCGAGGAAACCGGAAGCCUCUGGUGACCCCUGGCGACCCGGUUAGUUUUCGGUCCGUUUCCAAACACUGGGGAAUCGAAACUCGGAGGCCCUACGUAGCCUGUCUUCGGGCUAUCAUGGAUACACUGGUAGAAGAUGAUAUCUGCAUUCUAAAUCAUGAAAAAGCCCAUAAGAGAGAUACAGUGAUUCCAGUCUCAAUAUAUUCAGAUGAGUCUGUUGCUUCACAUUUUGCCCUUGUCACUGCAUAUGAAGACAUCAAAAAACGACUCAAGGAUUCAGAGAAAGAGAACUCUUUGCUAAAGAAAAGAGUAAGAUUUUUGGAAGAAAAGCUGACAGGAGCUCGUUUAGAUGAAGAAACAAGUUCUGUGGGACGAGAACAAGUAAAUAAGGCCUAUCAUGCAUAUCGAGAGGUUUGCAUUGAUAGAGAUAUUUUAAAGAGCAAAUUGGAUAAAAUGAACAAAGACAACUCCGAAUCUUUGAAAGUAUUGAAUGAACAACUGCAGUCUAAAGAAGUAGAACUUCUCCAGCUAAGGACAGAGGUGGAAACUCAGCAGGUGAUAAGGAAUUUAAAUCCACCUUCAUCAAACUGGGAGGUGGAAAAGUUGAGCUGUGACCUGAAGAUCCAUGGCUUGGAACAAGAAUUAGAACUGAUGAGGAAAGAAUGUAAUAGUCUCAAAGUAGAGCUACAGAAAGCCAAACAAACGGAACCAUCUCAGGAAGACAAUCUUCAGAGCAGAGAUCUCCAUAGACAAAGCAUUUCAAGUGAUAAUAUGCAAAAUGCAUACUGGGAGCUGAAGAGAGAAAUGUCUAAUUUACAUCUGGUGACUGAAGUACAAGCUGAACUACUAAGAAAACUGAAAACCCCAACUGCAAUCAAGAAAGCCUGUGCCCCUAUAGGAUGCAUGGAAGACCUUGGGAAAGACAGCACAAAACUGCACCUGACGAAUUUUACUGCAACAUACAAAAAGCACACCCCUCUUUCACCAAAUGGCAAAACUCUUUGUCACACCACAUCUUCCCCUCUACCAGGAGACGUAAAGGUUUUAUCAGAAAAAGCAGUUCUCCAAUCAUGGACAGAUAACGAGAGACCCAUUCCUCAUCAUGAAUGUACAAACUUUCAGGACCACAACUCUUAUGGCAGAAAUUCUCUGGAAGAUAAUUCUUGGGUAUUCCCAAGCCCUCCUAAAUCAAGUGAAACAGCAUGUGGGGAAACUAAAAAUAAAACUUUGCCUUUACCCAACCUGCCACCACUGCAUUACUUGGAUCAACAUAAUCAAAACUGCCAUUAUAAGAAUUAACUCUGAAGAGAUUCAUGAUUUGGUCAUGAGGUUGCUGUACCUCCCACAAUGGCUCUCUUGAGAAAUUAUUUAAUAAACUGAAAGCAAGUUUUAAUGAAACUUUUACGGAGUUCUUCAAUGUACACAUUUGUACAUACUGUACCAUAUUAUGUAGUUGAUUCUCCAGUAUGAAAGAGCAACCCUCCAGCUUUAUAUUCUGGCUAAUAAUCAGAUAUAUGCUACUGAUAAUGAAUAAACUUGAGGUGUUUUAAAAAGAGAAUUCUAUCUGAUAAUGAGUGUAAAUUUCUGCCUCUCACAUAAAGAACGAAACAGUUUUUAGCUGUGGUUUUAAAAGCAUGUGAAGUGCUUAAAUAGCUGUUCAUUAAAAAUAGAGGAGGCCAUUAAUGUAAAAGAAAAAUUAUAUAAGUUGUUUGAAGCUGCAUAAAAGAGCAAAUGGCAAAUAGAGUUAUAUUUCUGUUGACCUAGUGCGUAAGAUAUUAAAAAUAUAAAUAGUGGAA